CAAUUGAUGGCUCUGGUUUCUUGGGCUAAGAAGGAGCUUUCUAGACUCAAACUCCAAAACAUGCCUAAAAGAUUGACACUUCCUCAAACUUCCACCAAAUGUUUGGCACUUCCUCUGAUCCAGGAAGUGGUAUUAGAUGCAGAUCUAAGAUGUGCCAACUGCCAAAACAGAGUCUCUAGUGUAAUUUCAAAUGUUGAAGAUGUGGAGUCUAUCGUGGUGCACGUACUAGAUAAGAAGGUGACUCUUAUUCGCAAAUCCACAAGUAAAUGACGUUGAAAGCAAAUUCAUUCAAACAAAACAAUGUUACAAUUUAGGGACUCAACCAUCAGUACAAUGUCAUAUUACACUAACUGUUGCAAUUUAUGUACAAAUGGUUGUGAUCUACUUGUUUGUUGAAGAAUUUCACCUUGUGAGAAAUAAAUUGUUGACCUAAACA